AUGGCGCUGAACGGACCAGCGCACCAACUCCGAGCCAACGUGUCGUACGCAGCACUGCCUAAUGACCUUCGAGAGAUGCUUCAGCGGAGGCUCGGAGACCUGGAACGCCAACUCCUGAGCAAAGUGGCCGAGCUUGAGGAUGAGAAGUCUUUGCUUCAUAAUGAGACGUCAGCCCAUCGGCAGAGGACAGAGACAGCCUUGAAUGCAUUGCUAGAAAGAGUGUCUGAAUUAGAAAAAGGUAACAGUGCAUUUAAGUCGCCUGAUGAAUUCAAAGUCUCCCUUCCUCUUCGCACAAACUACUUAUAUGGCAAGAUCAAGAAGACUCUGCCAGAGCUGUAUGCUUUUACUGUAUGCUUGUGGUUGAGAUCGAGUGCCUCUCCUGGAAUUGGCACUCCAUUCUCAUAUGCUGUUCCUGGGCAGGCUAAUGAAAUUGUCCUCAUAGAAUGGGGGAAUAAUCCAAUUGAACUUCUAAUUAAUGAUAAGGUUGCCCAGCUCCCUCUCUUCAUUAGUGAUGGAAAAUGGCAUCAUAUCUGUAUAACAUGGACAACCAGAGAUGGAAUGUGGGAGGCUUUUCAGGAUGGAGAGAAGCUUGGCACUGGGGAGAAUCUUGCUCCUUGGCACCCAAUUAAACCUGGAGGUGUCUUGAUCCUGGGUCAGGAACAGGACACGGUAGGAGGAAGAUUUGAUGCAACUCAAGCCUUCGUUGGGGAGAUGAGCCAGUUCAAUAUAUGGGACAGGGUCUUAAAAGCUGAAGACAUCGUGAAUAUUGCUAACUGCUCUACCAACAUGCCUGGCAACAUCAUACCCUGGGUUGAUAACAACGUCGAUGUGUUUGGAGGUGCUACCAAAUGGCCUGUGGAGACAUGUGCAAUGGUGAACUUGCCUUGGCCGCUUGCCUGCGUGGCUACGAGCCUGCGUGUGGACGCGGUCUAUCGUUUUAAACUCCGGCUCAGUGAGGACUGGGCUGAUGUUUUGGCAAAGCUUCAAAUACAGAAGCUCCCCGAUGGCUUGCCGCUGAGAGAAAUUGUUUUAUUUAUUAAAGAUGCUUUGGCGUUUCACCCGCGGUGGCUCCCAGCACACGUCUGUCCGAGCAGUUUAGCUCCUAGCGGUGCUGUUCCCAGGUGCUCCUGCCGCGUGAAGGAUGCCGAGCAGUCGCCUUUGCGGUAUCCGCGUGUUCCCUUGCUAGCGGUCAGCUUGUACGGGAUCACAGGGAGCGGAGCUUCCCUGGCAAAGGGCCGUCUCAAGCGUCUGUGGCAUGGGGUGUGCUUUUCUUUUGUACUAAAAGAGUUUCGCCCUAGUUUGCAGAUCACUAAGCUGUUCCCACCAGUGGUUCUGGAGUGCUUAUUAAGAAUAAGGAUUCAGAAAGGUAAUUGA